AUGGAAAAAAUUGACAUUAAUACAAAUUCAAACAAAAUCCAACAAGCAUACGAUAAAGUUGUUAGAGGAGACCCAAAUGCAACAUUCGUCGUUUAUUCUGUUGACAAAAACGCCACUAUGGACGUCACUGAAACAGGGGACGGAUCAUUAGAGGAUUUUGUUGAACAUUUUACUGAUGGACAAGUUCAAUUUGGUUUAGCCAGGGUUACUGUUCCAGGAUCUGACGUUUCCAAAAACAUCUUGUUAGGAUGGUGUCCUGACAGUGCUCCAGCAAAAUUGAGAUUGUCAUUUGCCAAUAAUUUUGCUGAUGUGUCCAGAGUAUUGAGCGGAUACCAUGUGCAAAUUACUGCAAGGGAUCAAGAUGAUUUAGACGUGAAUGAAUUCUUGAAUAGAGUUGGUGCUGCUGCUGGUGCAAGAUAUUCCACUCAAACUUCCGGACUCAAAAAACCAUCCCCUGCUGCACCUAAACCUACUUCAAAACCUGUUGUUGCUAAAUCUAGUUCUGCUUCAAAACCUUCAUUUGUACCCAAAUCUACUGGGAAGCCUGUUGCUCCAGCUAAGCCAAAACCAAAGAACAUCACCAAGGAUGCUGGUUGGGGUGAUGCUGAAGACGUUGAGGAAAGAGACUUUGACAAGAAACCUUUGGAUAACGUUCCAUCGGCAUAUAAACCAACAAAGGUUAACAUUGACGAAUUGAGAAAACAAAAAUCAGAUACAACUAGCUCAACUCCUAAAACAUUCAAAUCUGAACCACAAGAAGAAAAGAAUGACGAUGAUGGGCAAUCCAAACCUUUAUCGGAAAGGAUGAAAGCCUAUGAUCAACCAUCAAGUAGUGAUGGAAGAUUGACUUCUUUACCAAAACCAAAGAUUGGACAUUCUGUUGCCGAUAAAUAUAAAGCUAGUGCAUCUGGGAAUGGUGCUGCUCCUGCGUUUGGUGCUAAACCAGCAUUUGGUACACAAUCAGUUGAUUCAAGAAAGGAUAAAUUGGUAGGUGGUUUGUCGAGAGAUUUUGGUGCUGAAAAUGGAAAAACUCCGGCACAAAUUUGGGCUGAAAAAAGGGGAAAAUACAAAACAGUGGCCUCUGAUGAGAAAGAAACUAACUCAAGUGAAAAAGUUGAUGAGCCAGAGGAACAUCAUGCUGCCGACUUGGCCAAAAAAUUUGAAGAAAAGGCAAAUAUUGCUGGCGAUACUCCUUCCUUGCCAACUAGAAACUUACCACCAGCACCACCAGCACGAGAAACCGCAAUUCCAUCUAACGAAAAAGACAAAGAAGAAAAGGAAGAGGAAGAACAAGCUCCAGCACCAUCUUUGCCUACUAGAAACUUACCACCACCGUCACAAAGACAACCUGAGCCCGAACCAGAACCAGAAGAAGAGGAGGAAGAAGAAGAAGAAGAGGCUCCUGCUCCAAGCUUACCAGCAAGAAAUCUCCCACCAGCACCAAAAGCAGAAGCAGAAGAAUCAAAAAAACAGUCAACCACAGCCACCGCAGAGUAUGAUUACGAAAAGGACGAAGAUAAUGAAAUUGGAUUCUCCGAAGGUGACUUGAUUAUUGAUAUUGAAUUUGUGGAUGACGAUUGGUGGCAAGGUAAACAUGCUAAAACUGGUGAAGUUGGUUUGUUUCCUGCCACUUAUGUGUCAUUAAAUGAAAAAGCUGCUGACAAAGAAGAGGAAGCCCCAGCUCCAGCUCCAGCGCCAUCAUUACCUUCUAGAGAAGAAACACAAGCAGCACCAGCAUUACCAAGUAGAUCAGAGCAAAAACCAGAAUCAAAAACUGCUACAGCUGAAUACGAUUACGAAAAGGACGAAGACAAUGAAAUUGGUUUUUCAGAAGGUGAUUUGAUUGUUGAAAUCGAAUUUGUUGACGAUGAUUGGUGGCAAGGAAAACAUUCCAAGACAGGAGAAGUCGGAUUGUUCCCUGCUAACUAUGUUGUCUUGAAUGAGUAG